GGAGGGAGGAAGCUCUGCGCCGGGCUGCUGCAUGAACACACCGAGCACCGAGCACACCCUGCCACCGGGCUAGUCGGUGUUAACGAGCACAAACAUGUCGGGAAAGAGUUUCCGAGUAAGCGACGGGGACUGGAUCUGUCCUGAUAAGAAGUGUGGAAACGUGAACUUUGCAAGAAGAACUAGUUGUAACAGAUGUGGACGAGAGAAAACCACAGAGGCAAAGAUGAUGAAAGCAGGAGGAACAGAGAUUGGGAAAACUCUGGCGGAAAAGAGUAGAGGCCUCUUCAGUGCAAAUGAUUGGCAAUGCAAAACAUGUGGCAAUGUGAAUUGGGCAAGGAGGUCAGAGUGCAACAUGUGUAACACACCAAAAUAUGCCAAGCUUGAGGAGAGGACAGGUUAUGGUGGAGGCUUCAAUGAAAGGGAGAAUGUUGAAUACAUUGAACGGGAGGAAUCUGAUGGGGAAUAUGAUGAAUUUGGUAGGAAAAAGAAAAAGUUUCGUGGCAAAACAUCAAGCACGUCUUCAUCAAAAGAAAGUGAGAAGAAAGAAGUAGUGAAAGCUGUAGCUGAUGAUGAGGAAGAAGAAGAGGAUGAGGAAGAUGGUGGUGACCUUUCCAAAUACAAAUUGGAUGAUGAUGAUGACGACGAAGAAGAAGAUGGAGACCUGUCAAAGUAUGACCUGGUUGCCAGUGAAGAUGAAGACAUGCCAGCCAAGAAAAAGGGCAGCCGCUCUGGCUCGUCCCGGUCCCGCUCAUCCUCGCGCUCCUCCAGCUCCAGUUCUCGGUCGAGGUCCAGGUCCGGCUCUAGAAGCUCAUCCAGCUCCAGAUCUGGAUCUCGCUCGAGGUCCCACUCCAGAUCCAGCUCCAGGUCUGGCAAGGGCUCCUCUCCCAAGAAGAGGUCCCGCUCCCCUUCCUCCUCACCUGAGAGGGGACAGAAGCGCAGUCGCUCCAGGUCCUCAUCUGGAGAGAGAAAGAGGAGGCGCUCUAGAUCACGUUCGUCCGAAAGGUGCCGCGGACAAUCCUCUGGAUCCUCCCAUUCUGGCUCCAGUUCAAAAAAGAAAUAAUUGUAUUACAGCCUUUCAAACAAGAAAAGAAAGCAUAUUACAAGUGCAUGUUGUGUUGCAAGGACUACAACCACCACCUUUCAGUAUGAUGUUCAUUUCCACUGAAAAGUCUUACUUCCCUCAGAAAAGACAGCGGCAGCCGUACUUAUCAUUACAUGCUUCCUUUUAAAACCACAUCCACCCCAGUCCUUGACAAGUCUCUAUAACCACAGGUGUCCAAUAAAUGUAAAUGUUUGGUCCUGUAAGAAUAUCAGAAACUGUGAAGAGGCUGUGCCCUAUUUUAAACCCUAUUGCUGAAGUCUUCGUGGCGCUACAUCAUUUAAGUCUACUUGUCUCUGGAGAAAAUGAGUGAAACAUUUUUUUUUCCUUUUGUUCUGUUCAUUUCUUUUACAAACUAAUUCUUCACUUUUUUUUUAAAUAAUAGGAAAACGCCAUUUAGCAUCAAUUUAGAAUACCUGGAGUGUAGCAGUGAGAUCUGGUCCACUUGUUUUUAUUUUCUUGGUAAAUAUAAUUUUUUUUUUUUUCAAGGUAAGUAUUGACUUUUGAUAUUGCUUGUUUUAGUCAUUGAUAGUCCAACAUUCUUUGGUUAAGGUUUAGAUCCUUUACUCUGCACAGUUGUCGCCUGCUUCACCACUCAAAGUUAGUCCCUUAUUGUCACACGGACAACUGAUGAAUUCAAGAACUUACAGAUUUUCGUGUUCCAGAUUGGGUCAUAAAAAUAAGUAAAAUACAGUGUCUGGAUUUAUGGUAAAACGUGAUAAAACAACACAUAUGUACAAUGUAAAUAAAAUCCUGUCAACAUUG